GUUCGUAACAACCGUUCCAUGGAAUUUGUUUAAACAAAAACAAACCGCGUUAUUCUUCGGUGAUAUCAAAGAAAUAUAUUUUAUUGCCACUGCCAUUAACGAUCAGUAAACCUAACCUCUUUGUCGCUCCAAUCCACCAAAAUUUGGACAUGGAGUACUUCAUCGCGAAAUUGUGUAUUCGCGCAUGAUCAGAUGUAAUAUAAAUCUUUCGGUGUCAGAAAAAUUCCUUCUCUGUGUGUAUGCCUUAAACGAUACGAUAUCUGUGAAAGCGUCGUGAACGUAAACAAUACUAUUUCACACAUUAUUUUUAACGUUCCGUGUUAUUUUCGUUUCGCCUAUCGUCGAGCUCAUUACAGUUAGCAAUGACUGCCGUCGAGGUUUGUUUUCGUGCGACCAGACGGUCUUCUGUGUUCCCAAUAAUACGUCGUUGUCUGUAUGGCUCUAUUUACUUAACGUGUCUGAAUGCUCGUCUCUCGUAAACCUGUCUCAUAGAUUUCGUUAAUACAGAAAUGCGAGGUACAGAUGAUACAUAUCGUGCCGCGAUUAACUUUUAUUUACAUGCAGACUAAGUUGACGAGCAUAAACAUGGCCGUCGCGCUUUGUGAUGAUUACUUGUGCCAGUUUGAAUUCAAGGAAGUCCCUCGAGAAUGGAAAUAAUGGAUGGAACGCAUGCAUCCGAGAUAUCCAGCCUCGAUAAUUUCGUCGGAAAUGGAUGAAAAAUGUAUCGAGCAUUGAGUGUAUCCAUUUAAAAGGCGCUUCCGAAUUCAAUGCAGUGCACUUUCUAGGUGCACAAUGAUUUCAGGCUGUUGUCUGGGUGAGCAAUGAAUGUAUUCCGAAUUUUGACACCGUGUGUAUUGCAACGUAGACGACCAAAGGAGGUUGAUAAUUCCGAUAAAAGGGAUUGCUGGUUCGUGAAAAGACGGCGUGGAGAUGCUUCCUACAUGAUACAUAGAAUGGGUGCUUCUGCAUCGUCAAGCAUUACCAGUGUAGGUGGAGAUUCGGUCCAAGCAGCUAGACUUUCAUCCUCUGGUAAUCCACCUGAUCAACAUGGCAUUGCUAUCAGGGAAAAGAAGAAGAAAAUGACGGGAUUCGCGACUUUACGGAAGAAGUUCAUUCGAAGACGUCGGUCUUCAAAGGCCUGCGACCAUGGUAGGAUAAUCCGAGAUUUGGUCUCAACAUGGAGUCAUUUAGAGGCAACGGCGCUUUUGGAGGAGUACGAGGCGUUAGCUGCAUUAAAGGAUCUCCAUGUUCAAGCCGAAUUAGCUAGACCACCGGCUGCCACAUACAAACAGGAUUUGUCUAUGUUGUACGACUAUAAACAUUGUUCUGAUGUGGAUCUCGUCUACCGAGGAGCAUGCUUCCCUGUUCACAGAGCCCUGUUGUCAGCCCGUUGUCCCUACUUUAGGGAUUUGCUGGCUGGAUGCCCGGGAUACGGUGCUAGAAUAUGUUUGGAGCUGAGAACACCGAAUCUCGAAGUACAAAUGUUUUCAGCAUUAUUGCGAUAUCUCUACACUGGUGAUAUUUGUCCACACGAUGCAGCUUUGGAGGCGAAUUUCUUGCGACGACUGAGCGAAGAAUUCGGCACACCGAAUCCGCUGGAACACGAUCUCAGAUACCUGCUGGACACCGGUGAUUAUGCGGACGCUGCGUUGGUGUUCACAUCGGACAGUGAUUACCAGAGACCAGAUAGUGGAAGUUCAGAAUAUGGAUUCCGGCCAAAGUUAGAACUGCCAUGUCAUAAAGCGAUACUUUCUGCGAGAUCCCCGUUCUUCAGAAACUUAAUACAAAGACGGACUAGAUCUGGGGAAGAUCACACAGAAAGAGCGCUUCAUAUACCCACUAGAAUAGUUUUGGAUGAGAGUGUAAUACCCAAACGAUAUGCCAGAGUAUUGUUACAUGCAGUGUAUUUAGAUACAGUUGAUUUAUCGUUAAUUAUGAGAGGUAAUGGUUGCGGGAACAGCGCUGGUAGUCUUGGAGAGGUUCAGGCUCUUACUCAUACUGGACGUGUUCGACCAAGUCCCUUAGAAGAAGCGAUGGAAUUAUACCAAAUCGGCAGAUUUUUGGAACUAGAUAUAUUGUCACAGGGUUGUGAAGAUCUUAUUUUAGAAUACCUUACAUUGGAAUCGCUCCCAACUGUUUUGAAGUGGGGCAGUCAACCUCACGGAUCGGCAUGGGUACAUAGACAAGCCUUGCAUUAUUUAAGAGAGGAAUUCCAGCCAGUCGCUUCUUCUUCUAUUCUUCAUCAAUUGGACCACGUACAUUUGGCGAACGUUUUGCAAAGUCAUUUCUUGCAAGCGAGCGAACUUGAAAUACUGCAGGCAGUACUCAAGUGGGGGGAACAAGAAUUGGUGCGUCGUAUGGAAGAUCGGGAACCAAAUUUGCUCAGUCAUACGGUGCACUCUGUGACAAGAAAGGGGUUGAAGAAAAGAGAUUUAAGCGAUAUAGAGUUGCGGGAGAUACUUAGUGAGCUUCUACCACUUGUCAGAAUGGAUCACAUAUUACCCCCAAAUAGUGAAGCGCUGGCUCAAGCUAUUAGAAGAGGAUUAGUUUCAACUCCACCCAGUCAUAUGAUAGGAGAUGAGAGGGAGAAUUUACGAAUGAAUGCAUGGAUAAGGGGAGGGAAGAAAAAUGGAUUUUUUGUAAGGCCACGCCUGUUCAUGCCUUAUUACGAGGAAAUAAAGUCUUUAGUUGAGGAACAAAUGGUCCAAGAAGCAGAUUUAGUGAGAUUGCGAAGGCCACGGUAUGUGGCCGAUAUUCCCGAUGCCUUGUACAUGGUUGAUGAGAAACCAAGACCAAUGGGUACAGCCGGGGUGGAUGUUCUCGCCGCGGCGUUUCCAGUUCCAGAUUCCGCGACCUUGGCAGCUAUGCUGAAGCGAGAGCAGAAAUUGAGGCAGUCUCCCAGUUGUCAGAGGGCUAUCAGUUUGCCGCUCUCAUCGCGACACGAAAUUAAUAGGCAAGUGCGACUACGUGUUGUGAGGGAGUUCAACCUACCUGACACGGUGGCGGAUCUGUUAGAAAAUACAGCCGCAUAUAAUGCGAAGGAGCAAAACGAGAGGCUAACUGAUAUCGAAGACAUGGAUUCGCCUGGCAUGGGGAUCAACGCAAGAACAAUUCCACCAUUGUGCUACGGAAGAAACAUGACAUUCCCGCGGCCAGCCUCUUCUUGUAGCCACAGACACGAGCUUCCAGCCAUUGUCACCGAGGGUGAAAGCUGUAGACGUCUUGCGGAGCAACAAGAGAACAAUUCGUGUAGCGAUGGACAACUGUCGGGUGUGAUGCCGGAUGUGGCGAUGGCGACAGCCUCUUUCGGAGCAUUGCAGCUGAUCGAGGAGCAAGAAUUGGAGCUGGACCUAGGGGAUGGAGCUUCUCAUCUUCUGCAGCACGUUUCGCCAUCGAAUGGAACGAUGGGCUCCCACAGAUCAUCGCUUCCUCAUCCCCAUCAGAGGCACUACACUGGCCCGCCUCCUCCUCCGUACAUGUACCACCGAGCUGGCACUGCCUUACCAAGAUUUAUUUAAGAUUUCUAAGAGAUAAGAGGACUGUAUGGCAACUAUAACCACCCUUAAUCGGGUCGUUCGUUUCGACGAACGAAAUGGAAUCACUAGGUGUACUCUUCAUGUACUGCCGAGUUUGUUUUCUCAGAAGUUAGACUAGCAAAAGAAAUAUCUCUUGGUUGGUCUCGCGAGGGUUCAAAUGAAAUUAGAUGAAUUUAAAGGUUGGAUAUUUUGAUUAAAUAUUGCUGUUGUCUGCGACCGUAUAGGACGCUUCUGAGAAAUAUAGUUGUAGACGUUUAGAAUUAUUAAUUUGUGUACCUGGCACUUCGAGGCACUUGAUCUCGUUAGACGAGAACAUUACGAAUCGAAGGCUCGUAUAAAAGAUGAUCCUUGUUCGUGUUUGUCUCUCUUCAGAGUGAUAAGAUACUUGAGCAAUUUUUUGUUGCGUUUAAUACGUUUCAAUUCUUCUAAACGAAAUAUUUGUUAUAUCAUAUAAUCGUAAGUGUCGGUAAAUUUUCGUUCGAUGGUAAAUCUAACAUUUGAUUAUUAGAACGUGUUUGAAAAGUAAAAAAUUUUUUACACAGAUCAUUUUGUUAUGAGCUCCUCGGUUAACACUAUUAUCUAUUAAUACUAACAACAUAUAAUAAUAUGUUAAUACAAUAUUCGGAUACCGCGAUGUUAGGUCAGUAAGUCUUCGAAUGCUCGAGGAGACGCUGUAACUGGAAAAUUAUCCAAGCAUCCUACACAGUCGUGCAAAAUACGUAUUAAAAUGGCUAUUCUAAGGCGAUUCGUCCAAAUUUCAUUCCAAUCUUCGACACCAAUCUCAGGGCCUUUUCCUCCGCUAAAGAAGUUCAAAUCCUAGAAGUAUUUUAUACUUCGGCGAACGCGAAUGGGGCCCGUCCGCUGCACGAGGUGUUAGUUUUUAAUUACUUUGUAAAAGGGCGCCUAAAAGGUGGACACUUCGUGCAUGUCUCGCGUCGCGAGUAUUCACGAUAUACGAAAUCAUUUGAGGUCAACGAUUGAUUCGUUGAAACGAUCGAUAUUGGUAGGGCGCCUGCCCAGGCUUCUGUGAUACACGAAGACGUACUUCUUGUGGUUCAUAUCGCGGCGAAGAUUAAGCAUGCUGCGCGUUGAUGAAAUAAAACUUCUUUCUUGCGGGUACAAAUUUACUGAUACGACGAAGAAGAAUACUAUUGUACGUACUGGUUUAUUUAAGCGCAGCUUAACGAACGUAGAGGACCCCUUGAUUUCCAGGAUACUUAUGCAGAAUAUCUCAGGGUUUAACAACUGUGUCGACGUAUCUUAUGAUGUCAGUAAGCAAAAAAUGUUAUAUAAAUAUAGGUCAUUUAAAGUUUUAUUAAAAAGUUACGAUAAAUGAAGGUCAUGGAAGAAUGAUACGAUAUAUUACACCUGUUGUUUUUCAUAUGAGUUCGAUUUUAAAAUCCAAUAUCUGGUCAACCUAUCGGUUCUUGGGUUUCCUAAAAAAAUAUUUAUAAAAAAAAAUAUCCAUAUUUUAAAUGUUGAAUUUUCCAUAAAACUUCAUGUAUUUAUCACUUAUUGCUAAAAGGUCAGUAUAUUUGAAUUGAACAGUUUGUUCCUGCUUUUAACUAUAUUAUAUCAAAGUACACUCUUUUAUCCAUUAAAUAAUAUGAGAAUUAGAAAAUCAAAAAUAUUGUACUUAUCAUAUAUUUUUCCUGCAACUUUUAUACGAUAUAUGAAGGGAACAGUAAUGGACUUACGAUUACUAAAUAUGAUACAACAUAAGAAUAAAUUUACGAUCGAUGUAACCAUUAGCUGUUAAUACCUUAAAUUGCAUUUUAACAAAGCUAUAAACGACUUACGUUUAUAUAAUAUUUUGUGUUUGAUUAAAGUUCAACCGUUAAACCCUAAAACGUUCUGUAUAUAUAUAAAUAUAAAUAUAGAUAUAAAUAUAUAUAUAUUUAUAAUUGUAAGCCGGAUUCGGGAGACAAUUCAAUCGUGGAAAGUUCAUGCUUGUUAGGUACAAUCAUGUAAUAAUAAAUGUAACUUCUAGGUGCAGACGCGUGCGAAAUGCAGAUGCAGCUGUGGUUCAUGUACAUACGGGCACCGUGUAUAUGUACAUGUGUGGAUACAAAUUGCGUGUGACUAUGUGUUAGGUACACAAAUGCGCGAGCUCUCUAAGUACCAUUUAAAGUGUUAAUUAGACGAUUAUGUCGCCGAUGUUGCGAGAAUGAAUGAGUGAAUUGUCGAAGAAAAGAAAAAGCGAUAGAAUGUAUGAGAGAAGAAAGAAUGAGUUCUGAGAAAGGACGAGAGAUAUAGAGAAAUUGACAAAUGAAGAAUUUCAAGAGAGAAAGAGAGAGUGUUAUCAUGGUGGAGUGGAAGAGAAAGAGAAUGAAGGUCACACGGAACGUGCAGGUAUAUAUGAUCAGUGUUUCUGAACAGUCAUUGUUCUUUAUUUAAAUUGAAAUGCCGCUGUGGGGUAUGACCUUUGCUAAUUCAUAUUACCUAUGAUAUUCAAUAAAAAUUAUUUAAAUAUUA